UGGUAGUCAAAAGUGAAUCUUCUUUUCCCGUAUAAAAGCCCUUGUGGCUGUGGAAUUAGGGUUUCUCUCACGGUCUCUCUGUUCGUCGUCGUCCUCAAUCUGUUCCACCGCAGCGUUCGAAUCCGCCAUGGCGAGAAUCAAGGUUCACGAGCUCAGGACGAAGACUAAGACGGAGCUUCUGAACCAACUGAAGGAUCUCAAGGCGGAGCUCGCUCUGCUCCGUGUCGCGAAGGUUACCGGCGGCGCCCCGAACAAGCUCUCCAAGAUAAAGGUCGUGAGGUUGUCGAUCGCACAGGUGCUGACUGUCAUCUCGCAGAAGCAGAAGGCCGCGCUCCGGGAGGCGUACAAGAAGAAGAAGUACAUUCCACUCGAUCUGAGGCCAAAGAAGACCCGUGCUAUCAGACGACGCCUCACAAAGCAUCAGGAAUCUUUGAAGACAGAACGCGAAAAGAAAAGGGAAAAAUAUUUUCCGUUGAGGAAAUAUGCCAUCAAGGCUUAGAUGUAGCCAAAUCAAGCCAGUAAUUGCUUUUGGUUAGAUGAACUAAAAUUAUUUUCCAAUUUUGGGGAAUUGAUUUUGUUAGUUUUUUGGAUUUCCUCCGUGAUAUUUUCUUGUUCUGUGUUGAACCGUUGCGUUUGCAUCAUUUAUAUCAAGCUGUCUCUCUGCA